AUGGGACAAGACUAUUCGUACAGCCAGCCGUCUUCGUCAGAUGAGUUCGACAUGACGUACCUUCUUGAAGCAGAGGCUGCUCUUUAUGCAAAUGAAGGACAGAGUAGUUUCUCUGUUGGCGAGCCGGUUCGCAACCCACCUGAGGCUGAUGAUGGCAUCCCAACGAGAUGUUACUGUGGCAGUGAGGCUGCUAUUGCAACAUCUUACACGCGAAAAGAUCCAGGGAGGUUGUACUACACGUGCGAGAAUAGAGAUGAUGGGGGCUGCCACAUAUGGAAAUGGUGGGAUGUGGCAGUCACGGAGGAGGUGUUUGAGGUUCAGAGAGAACUCAGGCUGCUUAAGGAGCAAGGUUUCGAGUGUGAUCAGAAGCUGCUUAAGCUACAGAAGACCGUCUGUGAGCUCAAGAAGAACAAAGAGUCUACAAAUGGCUAUGCAUUGGAAGUUUGUGUAAUGGUCUCCGUAUUGGUUUUUCUAGGUUUGGCGCUUUUGUUUGUCAAUGGAUUAACGAGCAAGUCAUCAAGUUCGUUGGAUCAUAUGACGCGGCUCUGA